AAUGCGAGCCAACUUCAGCGAAUGUGGGCAGCGUUUCUCAGCCUUAACAGCUGAGGGCGAAGAACUGCGCAGGCAGUGGGGCUGGAACGGUUCCCUCGUCGGCAUCGAACGAAGCCCUCUCACCCAGAUCUCUAGAGAGGGUUGUUACGCUAUCUGCGGUGCGGGAGCAGAUUACUACCCCUGGAAUGACGUGUCGAGUACCAUCACGACUUGGAUCCUACCGAUCGUCGGUAUUUUACUGCAGGCGCCAUUCGAGAGUAAUGCGUUCAGGCGAACGGUGUUUGCGGUUGCGCGCUGGGUGGGGUCGCCUAUCGCGUCGCUCUCGUACGUAUUGUGGAACAUCAAGGUUUCGGCAAAGGCAGCACUCAUGGUCGACAUGUCAGUCCCUUUUGAUCGAUUUCCAGAAAAGAGAACGGAUUUUGCGAGUAUCCGGGAUUCCAUGUACUUGCUUCUGGCGAUGAAUCAGUACACUAUGAAGCCAGAAUCAGGACUUCACAAGAAGGAAGCGGAAGGGUUGCUACGCAUCGUUCUGUUCAGCAGGGAUCUGAAGUUGACUGAUACAGACAAGUCGUUGCGGCAGAUGAGACGAAUCCUUGCACGAGAGCUGCGUGAGAUGCGUAGGCGCGGUGCAGUGCCAGUGUUCAUAUCUACACUGUGGUUCUUAUUCGCAUUCGCGCUCUCUAUUCAAGCGGCAUUUGGCGAUGUCGGCCAAAAUCGCACCGCGCAUGAUCUGGCUAUGGGUUGUCUACUUGCUUGGUUUCCUAUCCUGAUCAUGGCGUCUAUAGUGGAUCGGAAUCCUAUUGCCGCAAAUGCGAUCAAAAAGAAAAUCAACACUCUGAUUGACCAUGUUCGUCACGCAUUACUGGAUGAGCAACAUCGAAACAACUUUCUCGAAUCUUUCAAAGAUCAGCCCGAGUUCCAUGUAUUGAAAGAAAAGGUCGAAAACAUAGCAAAGAAGGCCGAGUACAUGGACGAAUUUUUCGUCGAAUUCGCGGGUCAGGCGCGCAUACGAUGGCACUAUGGCGCUGCUCACCCGAUUCUCUCCGAUAUCGAGAGAUGCUACAUCGCUGGUAAGGGACGAAACUGGCUUGCGGAUGAGAAAGAAGCGCGAACAAAUCUGGUACUCGGGCCGGUCAACGAUGAGGGUCUAGUGUGGUUCGAUAUCCGUGAGUACUGGCAAGUCGCUUCUGCGAUCAUCAUUGUUGGUGGGAGCUGCGGAGGUGCAUUCAUUCUGAGCUUCUUCACGCCAACGGUGGGGUUGGGCUGUCGCAGUGGAGGCUAUGUGAUAUUUUUUACCAUAUCGCUAGGCUUGCUGAUCGUAGAGAUGAUUGUGUGGUUGGUACUUUCGUCCUACCAACCGCAGCUGGUCACUCGCACUGCGACUUAUCUACACAACAACGCUACGUUCGAUCAAUGGGGCUAUGACGCGCAACACGAGUGGUCUCAUAUCAAAAGGCGGGCGUCAAGUCUAUUGCGUGCAACCCAGAAUUGGUGCAUACGCCUAGUCAUCAGCAUCGUUAUUCUGUACCCUUGGAACGAUAAAGCGGAGAUGGCGGAGAAAGUGGAAGGUUCAAUAGAUAUACUACUGAAGAGGUUCAGGGCGAUGGAUGCUCGUAAACGAUGGGAGUGGUUCUUUUUUCGACCCAUGGAAGCUUUCAACAGUGUCUGGCUGAUGUAUAUUAUUACAGCACAAACAAUCGGAUCUUAUAAGACAUGCGAUUGUGUCACAAGUGGUUGGGGCGGUGCUGGAGGAUACCUCGAUUUUGUUGUGCAAGACAUCGCUACCACAAAGUGGGUAUAUGUCUAUUGGGUAUCUGGAACACUAGUUGCUUCCGUGGUCAUGGGACUUUCCAUGAUCUACAUUACAGUAGAGUGGUGUCAGCAGUCGUUCCUCUCUACCGAAAUCUACGUAGACGCUUUAAAUGGCCUCAGAAGAACGCGGACUUAUCGACGUUUUACUUAUAUAUUCCGCGCAAUCUCCCGCUUAGUAAUGAGAUACACCCUAGACAUAGCAUCUGACCUUGCAUACCGUGCGAAAAUCAUCCGAAAGCCCCAGGAUACACUUCUAUGGCACAAGGAGCACACAUGGAACCCGAUUCCCAAAAUCCCUUCCGACUCUCACACACCAAUUCCUAGGUCACAUACCCGUGGAUACCCAUCCUUCGAACUCCACGACUUCUCGACCCCAAUGCAACGCGAUGGAUCACACCAGUCAAACGAAACACCUGCAAUGGCACACUCUCUAUUCCCACCUACCAUUCCCCGGCACCGACCAAGAGAUGAUAGCGAUGCUUCGAUGGUGCGCCCACAUUCUUCAACUUUCCACCGUCCAAGCCACGAUUCUGAAGCUUUUCUCAUUCGCCGUCCGUCCACGGCACAUCCGCAUGAUUCUACGCGCUAUAACGAGUCCGCAAUUGUAGACGACGAUAUGUGGCAUGGCAGCGACGGGCUGGGAUCACCGGUUGACCUGCAUGAUGAGCGACCUACCUUCCGCCCGUUGUUGGCCAUCGAAGGAAUGGGUGGUAUGCAGAGCCGCCAGGGAUAUACCAGAGCUAAUUCCGACCCGGGAAGUCCGCCUACACAAGAUGGAUUGGGAAUUCAAUAUAUAAAUCCAGGUGCAGCAACAUCACCCAGUGAAGAGAGCAGAAGGUGA